GGCCGAGGUGGCCAUUCACUGUUCAGGUUUCUCUAUGUUUCUCUCUGACGUCACUGCUUAUAUUGCUACUUGCGUCUUGGAUAAGCUUGUAUAUUUGGAAUAUUUGAAUUCUUUGAAUUGAAUCGCGAACGCUGUGAAGUAUCGUGGAUUUGUCUGUGAUGCGUACAUUAUCUGUUUGUAUUGAUCAAAUCAAUUAAGAAAAUUGGGGGCCGCCAUGUCCAAAGAAGGAAGAAGACCGUCAUGCGCAUGAUACUUUUGUCAACACACAUGUUAUCCCCGUCACAGAAGAAAAUAUAAAUAAUCUAAACGAAAAAUAUCUCUCUAGAAAAAAAAAGGAAGAGUGAAAGGAGCAAGUGGAGGAGAGUGAUAUAGUCCAGAUAAAAAAAGGCGUUUCGUAAUUUCGUAACGGAAGACGAAAAGAGCAUAAUGCCAGCAGAAACACAACCGAAUCUCUGUGUUAAAUAUGAUAACAGAUUGCAGAAACCGAACAGAUUCUACAUUUAGUAGUCAUUUAACCCUUAUGACUAGUGGUGACAUUCACUCGAGAUUCGAUAAGUAUUAUUUGAUAAUUAGUUUAAUUCAAUAUUAUUCACAUAUUUUCUUUACAUCGCAUGGAUGCCAAAAAUCGAACUUGAAAACUACUACUUUUUCUGUGUUUCUAAUCUUCAUGUACUAUGUUUACAAAGCGAUCACCUUUUGAUUACAUAUUUUGAUAUACACUGCCAGGACUGUAAAUCCAUAAUAUACGUAAUGUGAACUAUAGAUUUUCAAUACUAGCAGUAUACAUAUGUCAGAAUAUGAUCCUAAUAAAAUAUGGGUAAAAAAUGACCUAACAGUUUUCCGAGUUUUUUUUAGCACAUUUCAUUGAAUGAUGGAUUGUAUGUUUUCAACUGCUUCUUGAAGUUAUGUAAUGCCUCUUUCAAAAAUUACAUUUUUUUGAGAGUUAAAUAAUAAACUUAAGUUUAUGUUUAUUAAGAUUAGUUCUUAAUAAUAUUUAAAUUUAUUAAAAAUUUGACAAGAUUAUUAUGGAAAUAAUUACAAAUUUGAGUUACUUUAUGCUAAAUUCCAAGGCAGGGAUUAAUACAAUAGUAUUGCACCAUGUAGCCAGGCAUCAUUUAAAAAAUAUUCUAUUUAAAAAAAAAAAUGAUUGUAGAAUAACAAUUCUGCUGGCAAUCUGCUGUGAGAUUAGACUCCACAGAAUACAAGCUUAAUGUAGAAUUUGCAACAAUAUGCUGAUUAAUCAAUUGUUAGGAUAAAAAUCUGCAACGAAUUUUAUAUUGUUUCUGAUUAUGCCGAUUUUUCCUGCAAAUUCAAAGCACUUAUCUCAUGAUGCUCAUCCGACUAAUUCGUACAAGAAUGAUAUUGUGCUAAGUUACCAUGACUACUUACUCAGGGCAUCGGAUGUCGCAUUGCUGGAAAGAAAUGACUGGCUUAACGACAUUAUAAUAGGAUUCUAUUUUGAAUAUCUGAAUCAACAAUGUAGGAAGGAUAGUAAAAGCCGGUUACUAUUUAUCGGGCCUGAAGUAGCUCAGCUGUUAAAGAUGCAGGAUUCUUCGCAAUAUAAUAUAUUUCUGGAUCCUAUUGAAGCUACAAAUUAUGACUUUGUAUUCUUCCCUCUAAAUGACUGUGAUAGCAACGAGGCAGGUGGCUCGCAUUGGAGCUUAUUGAUAUACUCUCGGACAGAAAAGAUGUGUUAUCACUUUGAUUCGUCAAGCGGCAUUAACAGCUUCUCCGCGAAAAAGCUCGCACGGAAAGUGACAAAAUAUUUUCUUGACAAACAAGACAAGAAAUACAUGGAAAUGGAUUGUCCGCAACAAAAUAAUAGCUAUGAUUGUGGUUUGUACGUUUUAUGUUUGGCAGAUGUAAUAUCUAGGCAUGCUAUAAAAAAUUUAAGAAUAAGCGAUUGUGAUUGUAGUAUCGUUCCAGAAAUGGUCUCAAAAAAACGUAGCAAUUUAUUAAAAUUAAUUAACGAUUUGAAAGGUACAUAUAAUAAUGCAUAGCAGAAAUUCUAUAUAUUUAUAUUAAUAUAAUAUAAUAGCAAUUCUGGCUACAAUGUAUUAACGCAAUUACUUAUAUAUUUACAUCUAUAAUAAAUUUGAUUAUGUUAAUGCUUUUUAAUUGUUUCCAUAUUUUGACAUAAUUAUAUUACAUUAUUAUUAUUUAACAUUAAUACAUUGAAAAUAUUUCUGAUGUUUUCCUAAAAAUUUACUUUUUUUUACAUAAAACAAGAUUGAAAGAAAAUAGUUUAUUUAGAGAAAAAAGUGUGACAAAUUAUCUAUAUCUUGCAAAUAAUUCUAGAAAUAUUAGGAAAUCUAUAUAACUUAUAACAUGCAUUACCUACAACAUGAUUAGUAGUUCAAAUAACGAUUAAUGUGGGCGAAUUCAGUACAAAUGUGAGAAGCGUAGCAUAUAGCUACAUAAGAACGACUUAUGAUUAGCGGGUGCGAUCCUCAUCCCGUGUAUGUUUUCAUUUAUAAGAGAUAUACACGCGUUGAAGAGUUGAAGUAAGAAAAAAAGAAUAUGAGAUGAAUUGUAACCUGUUUUGGGGAAAAAUAAAGCUGGUAUAUAGUACAUGCAGUA